UCUACACAGUUGUUCCAGCAUGUUAAUGCAUAGGGCCCCUUGUCUCCUAUUUCUUCCUACGAUGUGGAUCGUGCUGCUGUGGGCUUGUGCUUCUAUUGGUCCCCCUGCUCAGGUCCAGGGGGCUAUGAUUGCUUCCAGGAGUGAUGUUCUGAAACAGGAUAACACAGAAGUUACCAAAUCCAGGCCAAUGAAGAAAAGAAGUACAAACACAGAGAAGGUGGAAGUGUACAGUUUUGAGGUUGCCUGCACAGUAACAUCUCGCUUUGCCCACACCAUCAUAACUUCCAAGGCUCUGAACAAAGCAGCCAACUCCCAGGAAAUCAGCUUUGAAGUGGAGUUGCCAAAAACUGCCUUCAUUGCCAACUUCGUCAUGGAAAUUGAUGGUCAAAACUAUGCUGGAAAUGUAAAAGAGAAAGAAAAAGCCAAAACACAAUAUGAAAAGGCUGUUUCCAAAGGCCAGUCUGCUGGUCUUAUCGAGGUCUCUGGGAGAAAGAUGGAGAAGUUUACCAUGUCCGUUAACGUUGCCGCAGGGAGUAACGUGACUUUCAUUCUGACCUACGAGGAACUCCUUAAACGGACUAUGGGCCAAUACGAAAUUUUGACCCGAAUUAAAAUGAAACAACCUGUGGAGAGGUUCAAGAUUGCUGUAGACAUAUAUGAGCCACAAGGCCUGGCUUUUGUUCAAGCUACUACAACAUUCGCCAGCAAUGAGCUGCUGCCCCUUAUUGAGAAAACCACAACAGCCACAAAGGCACACAUCACUUUUUCUCCAACAGCAGAGCAGCAUCAGUGUCUUCAGUGUCCACAAGAACUCAUUAACGGAGAUUUCAUCGUUAAGUAUGAUGUGAAACGAGUAAAGGGCUUUGGAGAAAUUCAGAUUGUAAAUGGAUACUUUGUACACUUCUUUUCCCCCCCUGGCCUGGCCAGAGUACCAAAGAAUGUAGUGUUUGUCAUUGACAAGAGUUCAUCGAUGUGGGGAACAAAACUUAUGCAGACAAAGGAAGCCAUGCAGUCCAUUCUGAAUGAAAUUCAUGAAGAUGACCACUUCACCAUAACUGAGUUUGAAAGCAGCAAUGUUUACUGGAGGGAACAACUCACCAGGGCAACGAAGCAAAGCGUUUCAGAAGCCAUCAAUUAUGUCAAGUCAAUUAGGGCCCAAGGAGGAACAAACAUAAAUGGUGCUGUUUUGAGCGCAGUGCACACACUGAAAAAAGGAAGGGAAGAGAAAACCUUUCCAGAGAGAAGUGUAGAUAUGAUUAUAUUACUAACUGACGGGAUGCCAAACAUUGGAACGAAAAACAUAUGGGAAAUCCAGGAGAAUGUUCGUACUGCCAUCGGAGGAAAAAUGUCUUUGUUCUGUCUGGGAUUUGGUAAUUAUGUGGAGUACUCCUUCCUGGAUGUGAUGAGCAGGGAAAACAAGGGAAUCGCCAGAAGAAUCUUCACUGGUUCAGAUGCUGCCAUUCAACUCAAAGGUUUCUAUGAGGAAGUUUCCAGUCCUCUUCUUUCAGAGGUGGAGAUGCGUUAUCCUGACAAUGCAGUGAGCUCUUUGACAGAGACCCAAUACAGUCGGCUGUUCAAUGGCUCAGAAAUUGUGGUGGCAGGUCGACUGAAUGACAGCUUCAUGGAUAACUUUUUGGUUGAGGUGUCAGGCCAAGGGGCUGAAGGGGAAAUUCAUGAACAAGGAAAGGCUGGUGUGCUUAGCUGGGAUAUGGUAUACCCAGAAGAGGAAUACAUCUUUGGUGAUUUCACUGAGCGUUUGUGGGCUUAUCUUACCAUCCAGCAACAGUUGGAGAAAAGUGGCAUUGCUUCUGAGCAGGAAAAAGAUCAAGCUUUAGCUAAGGCUCUGAGCAUGUCUUUGAGGUACAACUUUGUCACUCCUCUCACCUCCAUGGUGGUGACCAAGCCUGAAACCGAGAAAACUUUCAUUGCUGAUAAACUGACUGAAGACCAGCGUCAAAAUGUAGAACUCGGACGCAAUCCACCUGACUUAAACCAACGGAAACCUGCCUCAAACCGAGUUCAGGGUAAUGCAGGCAAUCCACCUGACUUAAACCAACGGAAACCUGCCUCAAACCGAGUUCAGGGUAAUGUGGAUGGAGAUCCUCAUUUCAUGAUAGAACUUCCAGACAGAGGCGACGCUUUGUGUUUCAAUAUCAAUGACAAACCAGGAACCAUUUACAACCUAGUCAAAGACAAGAAAUCAGGUUUUUUCGUGAAUGGACAAAUCAUUGGCAAAAAGAAGUUCUCCGCUGAUGCUAAGAACAACACUUACUUUGGUCGUUUUAGUGUCAACCACCAAAAGCUGGGUGUAAAGCUGGAUGUAAGCAUUGAUGAUAUCUUAGUCUUCAACAAUGGAAAGCAGAUUAGGUUGAAGUGGUCUGAUGCGGCCUCUAUUAAAGAAGCCAGUUUGGUCCUCAGACUGACCAACAACUGCACUCUCACAGUAAUGCUGCGGCAUUCAGUUAAAUUUAUGAUAAUCAAACACACAAAGAUUUGGAAGAAACACCAUUUCCAACAAGACUACCUUGGUUUCUACACCCUGGACAGUCAUCAUUUAUCCUCUACUGUUCAUGGACUUAUUGGUCAGUUCUACCAUGGAGUGGAGUUUGAAUUAACAGAUUUGUAUCCUGGAGAAUUUGGGGAAAGACUGGAUGCAGUUAUGUACAUUAAAGGCCAAACCCUCAAUGUAACCAGGCACCUGGAGAAAGAUUUCAGCAGGGAUGUGAAAAUCGGAAAGGACGUCCUGUGCUGGUUUGUGGAUGACAACGGGAAGGGAUUCAUCGAUGGAUCGCCUUCAGAUUAUAUUGUGCCAAACCUUUUUAAUUUUUAAAAUAAAAA